AUGUCACGCAGAACACGUAGAAGAUCAACCAGCUUCGACUCAAAACCAGUCAAACAAGAACGUGAGAUAACAAAUGAAGAUGGCGAUGAAGGGAUGAUCCACAUCGUAGCUGGUGGAGAAGAAGAAGAAGAGGAGGGGGAGGAGGGGGAAGAGGAAGAGGAAGGAGAUGAUGCUGACGAAGAAGAUGAGGAUGGGGAAAUCACUCGAUGUAUUUGUAAGCAAGAUGAGCUCCACUCCGAUACAAUCAGUCCUGAAUUUGCCCAAUUUUUGAAGAAAAACUACAAAAUCUCAAUUGAUCAAGGUUUAUUCAUUAGUUGUGAAAAAUGUGGCGUUUGGCAACACGGAUACUGUGUUGGACUAUUCACCAAUGAUGAUGUGCCUGAUUUAUACUGGUGUGAAUUGUGUAAACCGGGAAACCAUUUAUUUGUCAAAGCCAAUGGGUAUCCAAAACGAACGUUGUAUAAGCCAGUUAAUGAUAAGCGGAAAAAGAUUGAAUUAUUUGGUCUUGGUGACGGAGUCAAGGUGGAUACACAGGAUAGUGCUGGUGGCUCUAAUAAGAGAAGAAGAGUCGAUCGAGGUGAUCGUGGGGACAGAGUAUCUCCCCCGGCAACAGCAGCAACAGAAAAAGAAGCAAGAGAAGCAAUGACAGCAGCAGCAACAGCAGCAACAUCUACUACCGGAACAGAUCAGAAUAAAGAUAGACGGAAAGAUAGGCGAACCCAUCACCAUCAUCUGGACGAAGACGAAUAUGAUAAACAAUUACAAAAGGCUUUGAGAGAAAGUGCCAAAGAAUCAGGUUUACCAAUAGAUGAAUCAGACACCACUAGUGCAACUGGAGCUGUGGCAAAUACUAGUACUGCUACUGGUCAUUAUUCACCGAGGAAGAGGUCAAGCCGUGGCGCAUCUGGUGUUACUUCAGAAGCUGAUAACGAUCUGUCAAUAAAGCGAGAAUAUGAGGAGUAUGAUUCAGAAACAGGUGGGUCGACGGCAGGCGGCAAUAAAUCUGCUACAUCUUCAAGAGGGACCGAUGCGAGAAAAUCACGAAGCAAGAGUAAAAAGAGACGAGAUGUAUCAUCGUCUAAUACGUCGCUAACAGGGACAGUAGCCAAUGCAGGUGCAAGUGCAGGUGCUAAUUCUAAUUCCACGUCGGCAACAACUUCGACAACCGCAGCAACAGCAGCACAAGCAAAUAAAGACGAAUUGAUUCAAGCGCCCUAUAAACCUCGCUACGUUAGUUCUCAAUCAUCCAUAUACGACUUGCGUAAACGUACCAGUGCAAUCAUUGAAUGGAUAGCUAGGACGCAAUAUGAUUUACAACAAGAACGAAAUUACAAAUUUGAAUUAUUUUCAUUUACACCUGAUUCAGAGGCUAUAGCUGAAGAAAAACAAGCGUUGGAGGCGAGCUAUAAUGAGAAAUUACUAAUGAUUGAUGAUUUACAGCGCAAGAUUAAUGAAUGGGAGAUUCAAUUUGGUAAAUAUGCUCCAUAG